UGUUUUGUAGGUUAGCAGUAGGUUAGAUUUAGUGUAGAGUAUUUAGUUUGUAUAGUUUAGCUUUUAAUGCUAGUGUAGGGACAGUUAAGUCGGCAAAUUAAUUUAGUUCAAGUCAUUUACAAUUGCAUAUUGUUGUUGUGAUAUUUUGUGAGUUAUUGUCGUACAAGCUAUUCUAUAUCGCAGGACCACGUGAGACGAGGAAAACCAGUGCAGGCCCGUGUGUGACCAAGAAGACCAGUGCAGGACCACGUGAGACGAGGAAGACCCGUGCAGGCCCGCUGACCGAGAAGACCAGGGCAUUAGUUUAACUGUUGCAAUUCCUCGUCUUGACACUACAAACUUCAGUGUUCAAGAUGCCGAGGAAGGGCAAGCGAUCCCAGGCUCAGAAAGUGCGUUGGAGAAAGCCUGAUGAGGAUGCACUCACCCCAACUCAUUCUCCAGCCUACAAGGUGCCACGUCUCUCUGAGUCUCCCCGGAGGAGAGAGGCAGGGCCUUCUUUCGGUGACUUUCUUCCUCGCCGUGGCACUGGUACACGCCAUCGUGUGAGGAAAUGGCCAGUUUCAGUCACGGGCUGCCAACACAAAUUGGUCAUCCCAGCUGAGUCUCCUGAUAAGAAGUUUGUUCUUAUUGUAGGAGCGUCCCAUCUGCGCUCCAUUGCAGACGGGAUUGUGCCGAUGCCAGAGGGAAUGCUUUCCUUUGGUGUCAUGUCCACACCAGGGGCCUGUGCGUCCCACCUGAGGACCGAGUUACGCAACGCUGUCGUACCUCGGACCCCGGAUGCAGUCUGCAUCAUGGCCCCCAGCAACAACCUGACAGCCAGCCGGACCCCCCUUGAGGCAGGAGCUGACUUCCUGAAGCUCCUGAAGAGUGCCGAUGGUCGUUGGCCCGGAAAGGUCUUUGUCUUGGACUUUGUGCCACGUCUGACUGUUGAUCCUUAUCUACAAGAGCUCUUUCGUCAAGAGUUCCAUAGAGUGGCAGCAGGAAUGCGUAUCAAGUACUACUCGUCUUCUCGCCACUUCCCUUUGGACAACUUGGACCUGUGGAGCCCAGAUGGUGUUCACUUGAGUGAUGGCGAAGGCAUGGUGGUCCUUGCUCAUUUGCUGUGGGCUGCAGCUUACGAGCAUCUGGAGGCACCUGUACCGAAACCGCAGGCCGCUCCCAGGACAUCAUUGCCUGUUCGUCACGUCACUCCAAGGGUCGUUGUGAGGGGAGAGGUCAUCGUGCCUCGCCCCUCUAACCCUUAUGAGUGGACCUCUGUGGAGAAGGGCAGGAAGAGGAACGUACCUGAGGAACCUGCACAGUCCUCUAGCGCACCCAAAAACACGGAGGUUCAACAGCAGGAGUGCUUCAUACCGCUCAACCCAGUGAGGUUCAGCAGUUCCAUUUUGGCUGCCAUGAAUGCUGUUGUCCCUUCCCAUCUUCCGACCCCUGAACACUCCGACACUGCUGUUCCACAAGACAAAACGAAACCUGUUGUGGAACGCAGGCGGAAAGCUCCCAGGCCCAUGCCUGCCAGUCAUUUGAGCGUGGCUGCUGCUGCUGCAGAGGCUCAGGUGACACCAUGCGUGGUGGACACAUCCCCAGAGCCAUCACUUGCCACAGCUGUGGAAGUGAUUGCCGCUGCUGCGGAGCCAUCACCUGUCACGGCUGUGGAAGUGGCUGCUGCUGCUGCUGCUGCGGAGACACCCAAAGCACAGACACCUCCACGGCCAAGAAGCUUCUGGAUAAUCGAUGAUGCACCCACCUGUUCCCGUUAUCCAACUACAAAGUGGACACACGAAAAGGCUAUUUUAUCUGUGAGGGCAACCCAUUGUCAAAAUGAUGCCAGAUACAACACCUUCAGCAGAAAUCAUCAGUGCACCUGCAUGGCUCUUACAUUUCUGGCCUACCACAACGAGGGAUUACAGAUCAACACCACUUACCUUGACAGAGUACUUGAGCAGGGAGAUUUACUCUAUGUUGGGAUCAAAAACCAGCUACUGUUGGAGAGGCGAUAUGUUGAUGACCACCUGACCGUUGAGGAAAUGCCACAGCAGGUUCUAACUGACACCAGUGUCUACAAUGUGCACAUGUCUUCAGUAAGAUGUGGAUACCUGAAGGCCCAAGAAGGAAACCUUGGUGGCUGGUUGACUCUGGAUGAACAGCUUCAGUCUCUGUCAACACAUGUCAGCCAUGCUAUCCUAAUUGUAUCUCCAGAGUGCAUUGCGGUGUUCCGUGACACAUCAGGACGAUACGGAGUGUUUGAUUCUCACUCAAGAAAUGCAAGUGGAUUGCAACACCCUGAUGGAACUGCUGUUAUGUUGACUUUCAGCCAGUUGAGUGACCUCAGCAACCACCUGCAAAGGCUGUUUGAAGGCCGUGGUGCUAAUGCCUCUUAUGAGUUUGUGCCAGUAACUUUUGAGUCUGUUGACAAAUCCAGUGAACGUCAUGGACAGCCAAGUGAUGUCAAGAUCACACAAAGUGCUUCAGCUGUACCACCAUCAGAAGGAAAUGUUGAAGCUAAGUCACCAGUGACUUUCUGCAGACCAGAAGAAGAACUUGUGCAAGUGCUGAACAUUUCUCCUGCCGUCCCACAAGCAUGUGCAAGUACGGAAGACUCAGAGAAAAAUGCAGGAAAAGGACAACUAAACAUCCUGAAAGUUGUGACCAAACUAAGUAAACAUCAGCGACGCAAAGCUUUGCGGAGAAGUAGAAGCACAAAGAAAGCAGAGAAAUCUACAUCUCAGAGACACAACGCAAGAAAGGAAUUUGAACGACAGAAAUAUGCCAGCUGUUCAGACUUUAAAAGGAAUAAAGUGGAGGCUAUGAAAACGAAAUAUGGCCAAGACUGUCGUUACCGCAAAGAGAAGAAACUGUACAUAGUCAGAAGAUACCAAGAAGAUUCUGAUUUCCAGAGCAGACAAAGAAGGGGCUUUUCAGAGCGACAAAGAAGUACAUCAAGAUGA